AAAAAGCUGUUAAUGGUCAAUUCUUACCAAUUGGUGGAGUGAACAUGAAUUGUAAUAUUCCUAGCGACAACGAUUCUUUGAAAAGAAUUAUGGCCUUUGAUGUAGAAUAUUCUGGCUUCAUGUUACCGCAGAUUAUUAAAGCUGGAACGUAA